AUUUAAUACUACCAUUACUAAAAAAGACAGGAAACCCAAGAUGAUAUAUACAGCAUCUAAAAAUCUCAUAGUCUUUAAAACAGCUUCAACAAGGAUUCAACAGCCCCUUCAAGCAAUGAGGUGCUCACAGAAUAUUGUGAGCAUUACUUCUCAAGAACACUUGUUUGUUUUAGGCCUUGGGCUCCCCACAUUUGAAGGGCAUUCUCUUGGAAACAGCGAAUUAGGAGUUACACUUCAGCUGUCUCUUGGGCACAAUAACAUUAAUGUCUGCCAGUCUUUAGGGUACAGAAAGUUACGCAGCCCGUACUGUACUGCUCAAAUUACCUAUGUCUGUAGCUAUAAUUAAUCCUAAUCUCUUUAGUCAAUUUUCUGAGGCUAGCUUUCACACUGAGCUGCAGAACAAUUAGGAGUAAUUACCUUGCGUUCCCUAAGGAAACGGGACUGUACGACACAAGUGCCCACCGGCACACAAAGUUACAGUAAUGGGACGGAAAACGGGAUUAACAAGGUCUGGCCUGUGUCUGUGAUAAGUCUGCAAAGGCAGGAGCAGGUUGUGCUUGGAGCUUUCCCUUUCACCCAGCGGAGGGCAGGUUCGGGGUGUCUGGUGAGGAAGUUGCUGGUGCGGCGGGCCCGGCCGGGAGCGGGGCAGGCCGUGGCCAUGCUGCCCUCCUUCAGUUACCUGACGGAGCACACCGGCUUCCGCGGCACCAUCAAAAACUCUCCCAGGGACUUUGUGGUGACAGAGCUGGAGGUGUGCCAACUCUUCCUCAGGGACAGCCGUGCUGACUUGCUCCAGGAGACCAGCGAAGCACCGCCGGCACAGAGCAGCCCACGGGAGCCCAAAAAGCGGCGGACGGAGCCCCCCGGCCCGGGUGCCCCCGGCUGCCUCGGGGAUGCUGCACCCAGGCCCCCGGAGCACGGCCCAAGCCGGGCGGGAGGCGGCUGUGCUGCAUCCCCGGGCAGGAGUGAGCAUCAGGGAGAGCCCGAGCUGCAGUCUGGCCUCGGGGAAGGCCCUGUGCUGGAGUCCUUACUCGGCAAGCCCAUGAGCGAACUGCUGAACAAAUUUGCCUGUGAUCUGAAGGAUACGUGGGGCUUGGAAAACAACGGGGAUGCUGGCACGAGGGAGUUCUCGCUAGGACCUAGGCUGGACAAGAAAAUUCGAGCUGAUUUACACAGUGCAGUUAGGCAGAAAUUCCCCUUUCUAGUCACUGUUACAAAAGACAAUGAAAUGAUUGUAAAAGGAAAUCCUGAUUACAGAGAACUUUGUCAAUUAGUGACUGAAAAGGAAACAAGUGAUUUCUUUAAAUUUUUAGAUGCAAAGGUAGAAAAUUCUACGUUUUCCUUUGAGCCUGAUGGAGACAAAGAGCACAGAAAAACAGUUCACCACUUUAUAAAUAGAAAGUUUGGAAAGCUUUUAGAAACAAAAUCUUUUACUGUGACAGAUGUCAAUGAUCAGCCAAAUAUGUCAAUAAUGGUACGGUUUCGAGAAAAAAGUUGGUCCAGAAAAAGGUCUGCUGGUGGUUUUCAGGAGAAGCAAGAUGUUUAUACAGCUUUCACCCUUCAGAAAGAAAACCUAGAAACACUAGAAGCAAUCGGCUUGUUGGCAGCUGAACUUGAUAUUCUUCCUUCAGACUUCAGUUACACUGGCAUCAAAGAUAAGAAGGCUAUCACUUUGCAGCCUAUGGUUGUGAAGAAGGUGACUCCUGAGAGGUUGAAGGAAAUUGGUAACAAAAUGGAAAAAAAAGGUAUGAAAAUAUACAACAUCCGUCCAGCAUACCAGCACCUCAGACUUGGUCAGCUGAAGGGCAAUCACUUUGACAUAGUGGUGAGAGAUCUCCAGCACCACAGUCAUGACUCUUCUGCAGAUUUGAAGGAGAGAAUAUCUGAAGCAAUGGAAAGUGUUGAGACAAAAGGUUUUGUGAAUUACUAUGGACCUCAGCGAUUUGGACAAGGACAAAUUGUUCAGACAGAUCAAAUAGGAUUGGCUUUACUGAAUGAAAAAAUGGUGCAAGCUGUGAAAUUAUUUUUCACACCUGAAGAUACUGAUGAUCCUGUAAACAAUGCAAAAAGAUACUUUCUUCAAACUGAAGAUGCAAAGGGCACGCUUGUGAUGCUGCCAGAAUUUAAGGUCAGAGAGAAGAUGUUGCUACGAGCUUUGAAUCGCUAUGGCGUAAAUCACGAAGGUUGUACCAAAGGAUGGCUCAACAUUCCUCACUCCUUGCGCAUAUUCUAUGUCCAUGCUUAUUGCAGUAAAAUUUGGAAUGAAGCAGCAUCACAUAGGCUGAAGACUUAUGGCUCAAAAGUGGUUGAGGGGGAUCUUGUCUUCUUGGAAGGAAAUGAUGAAAGCAUUUCCCUGAAUGACAAGGUUCAUGUAGUCACAGCUUCAGAAGAAUCAGCUAACAAGUAUUCUAUAUACCAAGUCGUUCUUCCAAUGGUGGGACAUAGUAUCAAGUAUCCCAGUAAUAAGGUUGGACAGUGGUACCAUGAAAGACUUUCUAAGGAUGAGCUGGAGUUGUGCAAAUUCAGAGUGUCUCCAUUACAGCUGAAUAUACCUGGAUGCUACAGACUCCUUUUGAAAAAUGUUCAGAAUCUCUCGUAUUUUUUGGAAAGUCAUGAAAAGGAGAUUAAAAUUGAGGACAACCAUCUGAAUAAUUUAAAAGUCUCUCUUCAUGUAUCAUUUGACCUUGAUCCCUCAUGUUAUGCAACAGUCUGUCUGAGAGAAAUAAUGAAAUGUAAUUUUUAAGAUUCCACUUAAUGAAAGAUUGCUGGAAUAUUGUACAAUGUUGGUAUUUUACAUUUAAUGCCAAGAAAAUAAGGAGAAUAAUGGAUUCAAGUCAUUAACAGGAAAAAUUUGUGGACUGAGAUUCAUACAGAUAAGGAAAAAAAACAUUGCCAAAAUCCUUUGGAAUGUUUCAAAAUCAUUCCAAACUGUAAAUGGAUUGAGUGCAUUGGAGUAAAACUGUUACACCAGGCAGGUCUAACAGAACUUAAAGAAACCAUGGGCAGCCAGCAUGAAUUUCCUGUUUGCAUAGACAUCUGGCUUGCAAAGUUAAGUCCCAGAAGAGUAUUUGCAGCAAACAAAUGUAUCUUGUAAUUCAUAGUAUUUUUUUAAAAAAGUUUUAUACUAAAUGUUAUUCAAGCAGCAGUGUUACAGGUUUAGAGCCUAAAGGUUUCUAAUUAAAAAGUUGUACUUGGGUUUCCUAAA